GCGGGGCGCGUCAUGGUGCUGCCAGAGCUGGCCGCGCGUCUCAACUGCGUUGAGUACAAGAACUGGGUGAAAGCGGGGCACUGCCUGCUGCUGCUGCGCGGCUGCCUGCAAGGUUUCGUCGGUCGCGAGGUGCUCGCCUUCCAUCGGGGCCUGCUCGCCGCUGCCCCCGGCCUGGGACCCCGCGCCUCCUGCCUCAGCGGCUCCCGGUGUCACCCGCGCGCCCGCCAGUUCCAGCCCCAGUGUCCGCUGUGCACCGAGUGGAAGCGGGAGAUUUUGAAGCAUCACACCAACGGGAAUGGAGACGUCCACUGGGGAAACUGCCGGCCCGGCCGCUGGCCUUUUGACGCCUGGGAGGUGGCUAAGGCCUUCAUGCCCCGAGGACUAACAGACAAAACUGGGCCCGAGGAUUGUGACGCAGCAGCUCUGUUAAGUUUAAUCAACUCCUGUGAUCACUUUAUAGUCGAUCGAAAGAAAGUCACUGAGGUGAUUAGGUGUCGUAAUGAGAUCAUGCAUUCUACAGAAAUGAAAGUAUCUUCUGUGUGGCUUAGAGAAUUUCAGAUGAAGAUCCAAAAUUUUCUGAAUGAAUUCAAGAAUAUCCCAGAGAUUGUAGCCGUAUAUUCUAGAAUUGAACAGUUGUUGUCAUCUGAUUGGGCUGUUCUUAUGCCCGAGGAGGAUCUGCCAGAUGGUUUGGCCAAUGAAACUGAAAUUUGCCUAAGUGAGAAGCAAGUGAAUGAAAUAGAAAUAGAAUUGCUACAGGAGAAACUUCAAGAGCUCUAUCUUCAAGCCAUAGAACAAGAGGCGUUGCCUGAAGAGAUCUUAAACCGCCUGGAAGGGGUGAGAGAAUUUCUGAGAAACAACGAGGAUCUGAGCCAUGGUGUUGCAGAAAACUUGCAGAAGCUCACUGACCUCUGUAAGCCAAUGUCAGAGGCCUCCUGUGGUGAGUUGGGGCCUGGCUUCAAUGCUCAGCCAGGUACCUGUGUCUUUUUGUGUGAGUGA